UGUGUAUCCUUCAGAAUCUCUAGCGUGGUGUUCCUCCUCCCCACACUUUUGACAGAAGAACCUCCUUCCUGGAUUUGAUUCCCCAAACCUCGAGAGCACAAUAUGAGGAUUAGGGUUACAUGGGAAUUCUGAAGCAGCAGAGGACGACGAACCAGGAGCUCCCCAUUCAAGAACCCUACCCGCAGGAGACUUCCCUUUCGUCGAGCUCCCUCUGAUCCCCAGUCUCGGCAACUCCCCGACCUCCUAGCGGGGGCAAAGAGGGAUACUCCGCCAGCCGCCGCAGAAGUUGACAACCGAGUGCGUCGGCAAAUCCCACAAACAGGAAACGAGACCGGCGAGAUGAGGGAGUGACUGCGUGCCAAUUAGGUCAUCAGCCCCUUCUCACUUGCCACCAUCGAUCUUCGAUGCGUCGGUCUGUCGCUAUCCGCGUCCACCAGACGAUGGGCCUGGGCUCCUGAUCAGCAAAUGGAUCUGAUCUCUUCUCCCGUUCCUUGAUUCCACCCGCUGCACUGGUCAAAACAAGCGGCCCGAUGUGGAUGACGAACUAGCUUGCCUUCCGAAGAGAGGGGGGCCACAUGGCGGAGAGGAAGAAGGGGUAGAGUAGAGAUGGCCAAACGGGCCGCCUGGCCCGGCCCAGCCCGCAAGGCACGGUUAAAAAACCGGGCCGAGCCGUCUAAGCCCGCGGGCUCGAUUUUCUGUUCGAACCUGGCCCGCAGCAGGCCUAAACGGGCCGGCCCGACCUGUUUAGCAUGAAAAAAGCGGGCCGAAAACGGGCUAAGCGAGCCAGUAAGCACGUUUUAGUGCACAAAAAACGGGCUUAACAAAUUUAGAGGUAAACGGGCCGUGCUGGGCUAGCCCACCGUGCCUAGUUUCUUGUCCGAAGCCGGCCCGCUUAUUCGUGAUAGGCCGGUCCGGGUCGCAUAGAACCGGAUCGUGCUGGGCUCAGACAGGACCCAAACAUCGGGCUUCGUGCCGGGCUCGCGGUCGUCGUGCUUAUUGGACACAUCGCCAAUUCUUCUCGGUUCCUCCGCCCCCGUAGCACCCCGCGCGCCCAGCCGUCGCCGCGAUCGCGAGACUGCGAGAGCCUUCCGCCCUUCCCCUUCCCCUUCCCCUUCCCCGGCCCUGCCGCGCUGUUCGGCCCGUCCUCCUCGGUCCUUCCAUCCACUCACGCGAAGCUUCCAGCAGAGGCGACCUCCGCAUCGAGUCUCGGCUGCCGAGGAGUCGAGUCAUGGAAGUGGUGGCGUCGGCGCCGGGGAAGGUGCUCAUCGCGGGAGGAUACCUCGUGCUGGAGCGCCCCAACGCCGGCCUAGUUCUCAGCACCACCGCCCGCUUCUACGCCGUCGUCCGCCCCCUCCGCGACAGCCUCCCAGCCGACUCCUGGACCUGGGCAUGGACGGACGUCAAAGUGACUUCCCCUCAACUCUCGCGGGUGGCCACAUAUAAAUUGUCCCUAAAUAAAACGACGCUGCAAUUGACGUCUUCAAGGGAAUCGACAAACCCUUUUGUGGAGCAGGCCAUACAAUUCUCCGUAGCAGCUGCUAAAGCGACCAUUAUUGAUAAGGAGAGGAAGGAUGUGGUAGAUAAGUUACUGCUGCAAGGUCUGAACAUUACAAUUAUUGGUCACAAUGAUUUCUAUUCUUAUAGAAAGCAGAUUGAAGCACGUGGUCUCCCUCUUACUCCGGAGGUACUGCUUUCAUUGCCUCCAUUCUCUUCAAUUACAUUUAACUCAGAGGUUGCUAAUGGAACAAUGACUGGAGAGAAAUGUAAACCUGAAGUAGCCAAAACUGGACUUGGGUCAUCAGCUGCCAUGACCACAUCAGUUGUUGCAGCUCUUCUUCACUAUCUUGGUGCUGUUAACCUCUCAUGUUCAGGACAAUCUUCUGGCGACAAUGCAAGUGGACGAGAACUUGACUUGGUUCACGCUAUUGCCCAAAGUGCACAUUGUUUAGCACAAGGGAAAAUUGGCAGUGGUUUUGAUGUUAGUGCUGCUGUCUAUGGGAGUCAACGCUAUGUAAGGUUUUCUCCAGAAAUACUCUCCUCGGCUCAGGCUAUAGGUGGGACUGUCUUGCCAGAUGUAGUAUCAGAUGUUCUAACACAAAGGUGGGAUCAUGAGAAUAAACAGUUUUCAUUACCUCCUCUGAUGACCCUUCUCCUUGGGGAACCUGGGACCGGAGGAUCAUCUACUCCAUCAAUGGUUGGAUCUGUGAAACGGUGGCUGAAGUCUGACCCUGAGAAAUCCAGAGAUACAUGGAGUAAACUGGCCAUUGCCAAUUCAACGCUGGAGAACCAACUGAGGAUCUUAAAAGGACUUUCUGAAAAUCACCAUGAAGCAUAUGAGUCCAUGGUGAGGUCCUGUAGUCGUCUCACAUAUGGGAAGUGGGCAGAGGUGGCUACUAACCAACAUCAAGAAUUAAUUAUAAGAUCAUUGUUGGCUGCAAGGGAUGCUUGCCUUGAGAUAAGGCUUCACAUGCGAGAGAUGGGCAUAGCAGCUGGUGUUCCAGUAAGAUUGAGCCAGAUUCACAAACACGGCUACUAGAUGCCACUAUGAAUAUGGAGGGUGUUUUACUGGCUGGAGUUCCGGGAGCUGGUGGCUUCGAUGCAGUGUUCUCAGUUGUUUUGGGGGAUGCAAGUAAUGCUGUAGCACAUGCUUGGAGCUCUGUUGGCGUUCUGCCACUUCCUGUUCGAGAAGACUGCCGUGGUGUUUCAUUGGAAGACGCUGACCCGAGAACAAGGGAGGUGUCAGCAGCUGUAUGGUCCAUCCAAAUUAACUGAUUCUACUGUUAAUAGUUCUGUUUAUGCAUGGUGUACCAAUAUCAUUUAUUAACGAUGUUCGCAUUGCUGCAGUUACAAUUCAUAGAGACAACAUAGUAUAAAUAGUAGAAGCCGUUACGGAUUAAAGCCAAACUAGCAGGCUCUAUCUUUUAUAAGUACAAAAUUGUGCCGAAUGCUCUAUCUUUUAUAAGUACAAAAUUGUGCCGAAUGCUAGGAAGAGUUCGAGGUAUGUGGUUAAAUAAGUGCUGCACUUGCAGCAAGAUAGCACA